UCUAAUUGGAAGCCACCAUUUUUUUCCCUGUAAAGUAUAUCUCCUUGCUCGAAAAGCCUGUUCAUAUCUUUGUAAAAUUGGCUGUGGUUCGCUGGUGGUGAAACCAGAUACCAUCGAGUUUGGUGCCCAUUAACAUUUCAAUCUUAAAACCCAGAAAACAACAAAUUAGUACAAUACUAUACUAAUACAUAUUGUAAACAAAUCUAUCCUUCUCAUGGCAUAUUAAAAAAAAAAAAAAAACACCCAGUUCUUGUCCAAGCCUGAAACCUUUAUUGGACUCUGUUUUCUCUCUCUCUGCUGCAUUGAGUUCAAGUCUGUCUUUGUGCUUAUUGCAUUUUACAAGAAAAGAAAGAGUCUUUCUUGUUCGUUUUCAAUUAAGGAUUUAUAAGAGACAAUUUCUCCUGGUCUCAAGGCAAGAAGGCAGCAAUGGCAGCGAGUUUGUCUGCAGCUUCUCUUUCUUUGAUAUCUCAGCGGCCCAAAUCGCCCGUUCUCGAUUUUGAAGACAAAAACUGCUGCUUCUGUGCUCGACCAGGUUACUACGCGAAGCAAAGUCACAUAAUCAGAAAUGUAAGUGGAGGUAGAAGCAGAAAAGGUGCGAGUCUGGUGUCUGCUUCACUGCCUACUAUUUCUGAAAAUUCAGCUUCCACCGUACCUGCAUUCAAUGAGUUGAUUGAAUCUUUGAUUAAUAAGGUGGAUUUGUCAGAAUCUGAGGCCGAAGCAUCAUUAGAUUAUUUACUUGAUGAUGCUAGUGAGGCCUUGAUCAGUGCUUUCUUGGUAUUGCUGAGAGCCAAGGGAGAGACUUUUGAAGAGGUUGUUGGAUUGGCAAGGGCAAUGUUCAAGCAUGCCAGGAAGGUGGAAGGGUUGGUUGAUGCUGUGGAUAUUGUUGGAACGGGUGGUGAUGGUGCAAACACCGUUAACAUUUCUACAGGAGCGUCAAUACUUGCAGCUGCUUGUGGUGCUAAAGUAGCCAAGCAAGGGAAUAGAUCAAGUUCUUCAGCAUGUGGAAGUGCUGACGUAUUGGAAGAACUUGGGGUAGUAAUUGACCUGGACCCAGAGGGGGUAUCAAGAUGUGUGAAUGAAGCAGGAAUCGGCUUCAUGAUGUCACCAAAAUACCAUCCCGCAAUGAAGAUUGUCAGCCCUGUAAGGAAGAAAUUGAAAAUCAAAACCAUCUUCAACGUACUGGGUCCUAUGCUGAAUCCUGCAAGUGUUCCCUUUGCUGUUGUUGGUGUAUUCCAUGAAGAUUUGGUGCUGAAAAUGGCCAAAGCAUUGCAACGCUUUGGCAUGAAGAGAGCAUUGGUUGUUCAUUCAGAGGGCUUGGAUGAAAUGAGUCCCAUUGGACCUGGAGUAGUCUUUGAAGUCAACCCCGAAAAGAUAUCAAAAUUUUCAUUCGAUCCAUUGGACUUUGGCAUUCCGCGCUGUACACUAUUUGACUUGCAAGGUGGAGGUCCUGAUUAUAAUGCAAAUGCUUUAAGACGUGUAUUGUCGGGGGAGAAAGGCGCCAUUGCUGAUGCCAUUAUCCUAAAUGCAGCAGCUGCUCUCUUUGUCAGUGGCCGCUCUAGUAGCUUAGCAGAGGGAGUGGUUUUGGCUCGAGAGACGCAAUUAUCAGGGAAAGCUCUUAAUACACUUAAUUUAUGGAUAGAGAUGUCUAAUAAAGUGAAAGAAGAUUCUGUUGCUCAGGUCGCCUGAAAUUUUACCCAAACUUAAGCAGUUUGAAGAUCGGAAGAACAAAAAGCUUGAUACGGGCACAUCAUUGGCAAUUCAACAGUGAAUAAAACAAAAUAAAUACCCUUGCGAUUCAUCUUGGUGCAGAAAUGUUUACACAGCCAAAACUUAAAUGGCUCGUUACAAUGUGUUGUGUUUUAGCUUGGGGAAGUUUCAUAUACAGAUUAUACCCCCAUUAAUUUAAAUGACAGCUUCUUUUUGUUCUUUUUUC